AUGAAGGAGAAAAUUGUAAGUUUAUACAAUUACCUUAAAGAUAAUUUGAACAAAAUUUCGGCAAUAGCGAAUAUAUUAUGCUUAAUCGAUUGUAUUGUAAUACCAAUUGUUACAGUUCUGAUAUCAGUGAUUAAUGCAUUCAGUAAUGGCCAUAACGGUGGUGAACCGGAUAGCCAUAACCACAAUGAAUGGCAUGAAAUAAUAGAAAAAGUUGCCCUGUACGUAAUGACACCUUUAAUUUCGAUGACAACCAUCUACAACUUCAUUCAAUUGAGAAAUGUUCCUCUGCUUUUGUGGACCUUAUUUGGUCUUAUUUUAUUUGUUCUUUCACAUGCACACAUUGAUUUUUCAAACGCAAAAGUAAAUAGUGCAUAUCAAAAAUUGCAUUUGCCGAUGGCUUUACUUGGGGCUGUUUUUUUAGUGUCAACAAAUUAUGCUUCCCACGAAUUGCUGAAGAUGAACAACCUAGAUCACUGCUGUAAACAUAAGCAUUUAUCAAAUAGUAUAAAAAAUAAUAAAAGUAAUUACCACAGGGUGGAAAUAAACACGAAUGAUGUAAUGAAUAAUAAUGAAGAACGUAAGAAAGAACGAGUAGAGGUUUAUAAUAUUGGAUAUCUUAAUAAUAAUGACAAUGAAUUAGCAAGUUUUUUAUAA